ACCCUCGCUUUCAGAUCUGUAAACACUCACAGACAGAUUUCACUGACCAGCUGAUGGAGGAGACGCUGCGAGCCGUCUUCUGGUCUGUGCAGAGACUCUUUAACACCUGAGAUCCCUCACAGGUUCACAGUCUGUCUGUCAAUGUGUUCAUCAGCGCUUCAGUCUGUCUGUAUGAGCAGUUAAAGGUCGUCCUCCUCUGGAGUCUUCCUCAGCAGAUUCACUUUUCUCUGGAUAAUAAAAAAAAAAAACUGAGCAGAGAUGGGACCUCGGACCGCAGGUAAGAGCAGCUCUACUCCUUCAUUAAGUUUUCAACAGCUGUCUGAUCGGGGAGAAAAAGGCAGGUAACUACUAAUCAUUGUUUUCAUCGAUACGACAAAGUCAGUAUCUGGUUUAGUUUAAACAACAUUAAAAGAGUUUUAGAGGAGCAGUCUAACAGGAACCUCUGGGACUAAGAAACUGUUUAAAUGUGAAGUUCCUUGAAUGGCCACUAGAGGCCAAAAGUGAGCAACUCUGAGCUACACACGCUUUUUUUUUCUCAUUCAUUUUGUGAUAUAUUUUUUUAGGAUUUUUUUUUUUGGCUUUUAUUGAUAGUACAGGGUGAAAUAUGGGGAGAUAGAGCGAGGGGGGGGGGGGGAGGACACGCAGAACAUGGUCCGGACUCGAGCCCAGGACUGCUGUGGGAACCAUGGUCCUCAUAUAUGGGACGCACUCACCCACUCAACCAACUGAGGGGGUUAUGAUUAAGGAGUCAGGACGAUGAUAUAUUACUGUGUUGAUUUUUUGGCCUACGACUACAGUAAUCCUACUUUGAAGUGGUGCAUCCACAAAAGAGCGACAAUAUGAACGUCUAAAAUAAACUGGACUAAACCAGUUUGACUGUUUUCAAAGUGUGAUGCAAAGACUUCAUCGUUUAUCCAAAGUUUAUCGUCUGAAUGGCGUGAAGAAGUGACCUCUCCUGUUCAGUUUGUCUGUUCAAGCUACGUCAUCAAUACAGAUAUUUAAAUAUACAGCAGAGGAGUCUCUGAAUGUACAUCAGUCUGCAUAAUGACGCAAAAAUGGUUGAGAACGCUCCUAAAGGCAUGCCAGACCAGCAGGUGGCGAUGAAAUGUAAUCAGUUUCUGUCAUUAAACACAGAAGAAGAAUCGUGCACAUUUGUAUGUAGCGUCUUCUUUUGAACUUUAUAAUGUAAACUGGGAACACAGCGGUGAAGAACAAACUAUUCAGCCUGAUUUACUCGUUUACUGUCCACCUGAAAAUAACGACCCAAAGUUGUGAAAAAUCUCCACUUUGGAGGAUUUUUCUACAACUUCAGUUCUCAAAGACCAAAAACUCUGACUUAGAUAUACAGUAGAUAUGAGGCCUGAACAUUUUCACAAACAUCCUCAUGACCUGAAUCACCAGAGGAAGCUGCAGAUUCAUUAUUACUCUGAGAAGUGUGCUGGUGUCAUUUUAUGACUGUUGUAUCAUAAACCUGUAAGAGGUCAUCCUGUCACAAACUCUUAAUGCUGACAAUGAUUUCAGAUCUGUAUGAAUCCAGAGUCUAAAUUUCCUUCUCUCUUUUAUCAGAAGUGACUAAAUCGGGAGGAGAAAGUGGAGGCUGUGCACCUCCUUUAUCUGCAAAUUGAAUGAUUAGCAGAGCUUGUUUUUCUCGUUUCAGUCCUUGUGUUAACAUUUACUCAAGUCCAAAUCUAAUUAAAUCAUCUCAUUCUCAUUAUUUCUGAUUGUGUACGGAGCUUUUCGGGGCGAUCUCCUUCUCAAGUUCUCUGAGCAAACAACCGAAUGAGACGACGAUAAAAUCCAAAUACAAUACAGAAGAAAAUUAACGGAUUUCACAAAAGUAAAGAACAACAAAAUAAAGUGUUGAUUGACCGAUUCGAAGCUGGGCGGGACUGUAUUUGUCAGAGUUAGUGUUGGAGUCCAUCUUUAAACAGACAGGUUAUUGUUUUACAGCCUUCACAGGGAUCUGUGUUUGACGGUCUUAUCAGUUUAAGGAAGCGUCCGUCUUUAUCAGGGCGUGUUGGAACAGAAACUGAACAGUUUGAGGAAGUUAAACACAAAACUGGGUCACUCUCUUCUCCUUCAUUCACAAAGGCUCGCCCCUAAUCGCCUCCUCACUCUCUCUCUCUCUCUCUUUUUCCAUCAGUGGCUCCUUCCAAGGAGGUGAAGUGUGACGGUCAAGGAAGAGCCCGGCUGAGGAGCAGCAGUGAUGGCAGCAGAUACAGCAGGAGAGGAGUCGACCUUCCUACCAGCUCCUCCUCCACCUCCUCCUCCUCUUCAGUGCUCUUCAACCCCAAAUCAGGUACUAAUGUGUCUCCUUUCACAGAAUCUGCAGGAAAGUCUGGUUUGGUUUUUCUUCAUCGUACGAGAGGCUUUGGCUGCAAACAGGAUAAUCAUUCUGGUCACCUCGAGAUGAUUUAGCUGCAGAGAUCAUCAAGGGCAUCACUCCUCCUUCCUAAGUGUAGAUCAGACUCUGAAAAAGAAGUCCAGGAGCCCUCAAUCACCAACCAUGGGCGACACUUGAAGCCCUGGAUAGUGAGCGGUGCCCCCCGCCCUGCAGCCAAACUCCUUUAACAGCGGUUUAACAAAGCCUGAGGGUUUCCUGUCCAGGUUAGAUGGGCGUUAAAGACCUCUGUUUUCAUUCAUUCACAGACUUCUACAUGCAGAGCGCUUGAAUUUUCGAGAGUUAAAAUAGUACUUUAAAAACCAUAGAUGGGUCAUUUUCAGUCUGGUUAUGAAUCUUGAGCAACAAGAACCACUCAGGAACUCAACAGAUGCUAAAAGGAACUCUAAAUCAUAUUAUUUUUCUAUAGUAAUGGUAACUUUGUGUCUAACAUGUGUGGGGGUCUUAUCUUCCUCAUGUUUAGUCCUAAAGAGACCGGUGAGCACAGAGGAGCUGCAGAGACCAGGUGGACCCUACAUCAAGAAAACCUUUACAGUAAGUCAGAAAAGUAGCAAGUCUUCAUGUUUAUUGAUAUUUUUAGUUUUGUAUUUCUCAGGAUUUGUUUCUGCAGGAGUGAAGAGUGAAGACAGGUCCCACUUCUUUCUGUGAUUUCAGGUUGUCGGCGAUGCCGUCGGUUGGGGGUUUGUCGUACGAGGAAACAGGCCGUGUCACAUCCAGGCUGUGGAGCCCAGUGGUCCAGCUGCUGCUGCCGGGAUGAAAGUAAGAAUCAUGGGAAAUGUAGUUGUUCCUAAAUGGCGAGUUCAAUGAUCUGCUGAGGCUCCAGUUUUUGUAGACAACGAUGACGUGGAUAUCCAAAAUGAAGUUGAUUUGUUUUAUUAUCGGCGGGGAUGUGACAGAGCGAUGAUGGAUCAAUAUUUAACUUUCUGUCGUUUUUGUCUCACGCUCUUUUCCACCGACAGGUUUGUCAGUUUGUGGUUUCAGUCAACGGGAUUAACGUUCUUCAUCUGGAUUACCGGACUGUCAGCCACCUGAUCCUGACCGGACCCAGAACGGUGGUGAUGGAGGUGAUGGAGGAAACUGACAACUGAGCAAUGAAAGGAAGUAUGAUGGCUGGACUUGAUCGAGUAAAAGCCGAGAACAGCAGUGUGACGAUCACAACAAGACAACUCGGUUAAUAUUUGAUCAUGAGACCCAAAGACUUUGGAGUCCCACAAUGCAUCAGUCCUUAUGGUUCAGGUUCCAAUAUAUGAACUAUUACUCCAGGUUUCCAAAAAGAGUCACUCCAUUUCAGUGCCUUAUUCUCAUGUCUUAUUUUGUUCGCCUGACCUCUUCAUUUCAUCGUUUAUGCUUGAUUUGAAGAUCGAGAGGAAUUUCUGUAGCCGUUUAACAGUAAUGAAAAUAUUCACAGCUCUAUUUUCUUUUUUUUAAGAAAACUGUAAACAUGAGGGUUCAGACUGAUGUUCAACCUCUGACACUCCACUUUAUGUGAGGCCUUGACAGGAAAGGUUCCUCCAGAAGCUGCUGACAGCAGACCUAUGAUGCUGGACUGUUUUUUUUAUUAUAUACACAGCGUUGAAUGGUCAUGCUAAUCAGCAGGGGGGUCCUGAUGUCAGGCGGUGCUGUCCUCUCAGGAUAAGCCCCCCCCUCAGCUUCAGACACGCCCACCUAAAAGCUGUGAAUUCUGUUUCCCCGACCUUCACUUUGCAUUUUGAUUAAGUUUGUCUCAGAGAGUUUCUCGUGCUCACUGAUGACUCCUCUGUAACCAAAGACCAGUUUGAGCUGGAUCUGCACCUGAAACCUCAGACUGUUUUAUUCCUGAAGACCUUCCAUGAAGGCCCAGAACCUCAAAACCUUAGUCAUGACAGGAAUAGCCUUCAGUGAGGGGGCGCGAACAGCUAGCCUCAGAUGUUUUCUGCAGAAACGUAACAGUCAGGUGGUUUUGUGACGACAAAGCUGUGUAAAAAGUAACACCCACAUGAUGUGUCUGAUCUUCUAUAUGUGGAAAAGCAGCUAAAAAAAUAGCAUUUCAGACAGAAGCUGAGAAGUGCUAUAAAGAGGGUUUUCUGGACUCCAUCCAUCCAACUCCAGGUUUGUUUCUUUCAGCCAUAACUCAUGUGUUGUUUUUUUUCCAUAAAAAUACCAAAAACCAAACUCGACUUUCCUUUAAACUUUUUUUUUUUUUUAAGUACUAAAUUAUUCUAAAGUUUCCCUAACCUUCACAGCAGCUUCUUUGAUGGAGUGAUGAUGACCCAGGGUUAGGAGAUAGGACCUGUAUUUAGGAGGUAUCACACCUGAGCUCAGGUAUCAUCAUCGUCAUCAUCAUCAUCCUGUUGACUUCACUUGAACAGUUGGUGUUUUCUUCGUGGGGGUGGUUUGGACUUUUAACCCUGCGUGUCACAAAAACACAUUAUUACCUGGAUGUAUUAUACACACCUGCAUGCACACACACACACACACACACCUUUAGGAGACACGUGCCCCCGCCCCUCCUCCUCCAUCCUCUCCUCCUCCUCCUCCUCCUCCUCCUCAUCCCUGGCUGUGUUUACUUUUCCAUGUGCUCGUCUGAUUCCCAGAAAGGAGGUGAGGAGUGUGAAGGUGAAGUGAGGCAGAGCAGCACCUCUAAGUACUUUGUUUUGAACUCUGGCUCUCACAGUCGGCGCGGUCCUUCCCUUUUUUCCAUCUCUACACUGUAAAACUCGUUGUUUUUGUAUUUGUAUGAUUGUCCUCGGCUCUAAUUUAUUUCUCCUCUCCACUUAAUAAAGAGUGUUUAACUCUC